UUACCUUUGGUCUACCUUUUAAAACCACCGCUAAAACCACUUUUUCCGCGUAAAAUCGCUGUAAAUAGGGCGAAAUUCUUCACAUUUCUGCUCUGUUCCAUGCACUAGACCAACAAACUGCACUCUGGUCGUGGAUCCCGUUGGAAUGGUAAGCCAGGAAAGUGCAUAACUGCACCCAGCCGCAGCACGCCAAGUUUCUCGACGAGACGAGGUGCAAACCACGAAAAAGGGGUUCGAAAUCCCCUUGCAACGCCUCUGGGAACCAAUUAAUCGACUCACAAUCAACUACAGAAGGGCAUCGACUGCACCGGCCUCAAGAUCUCCUGCAGUUAAGAUUCCGGAUACCGUUUUCCGAACGGGAACGAACAGAUCCUUUUAAAACCACCGCUAAAACCCCUCUCUUUCUGCGUAAAAAACUCCUCUAACACCGUCGAAAGGAUCGGCUUGCGAGGAAAAACAGGAAAUUGAAGCACUGUGGAAAAUGUUUUCCGAAAAAAUAAGGCAGCUCACGCUGUUACUGGAGAAACAGGAACUAGAGGCACCAAGUGGAAUCGUAUCGAUUCAACUGUACUCCGAACUGUUCGCCGCUUACCUCUACCAGAAUGAUCUUGCCAGCGCCCGGUUUCUUUGGAAAAGAUUGCCCCAGAGUAUGAAGACGAGCAACGCGGAGCUGGAGCAGAUGUACAAGGUGUACGUUAGCCUGUGGAACAACGAUACGGCCGGCUUUUACAAGGCCAUCAAUCACGACUGGUCCAAACACGUGUCGGAGCUGAUGUUCGAGCUGAAGGAGAAGAUACAGCAAGAGACCAUUGCGCUGAUCGGGCGGGCCUACAGUUCCAUCUUUGAGAAUGUUUUCGCCGAGAUGACGAACCAGACGCCCGACAUGAUCGUCGAUACGUGCCGAAGCCUGAACUGGGAGAUUGUUGACGGGCCGCAACCGAGACUGAUUAUACCAAAGCGAACGGUCGAGGAGAAACCGAUCAUGGUCAGCUCCGAGGAUCAGCUGCAAAAGCUGACCGAUUUCGUUUCGUUUCUGGAGAAUUAGGGGGCGCUUGGCAUUGAUGGUGGUUGCAUGGAGGGGCAUUAAAAUUUAGUGGAUGAAAUGUACAUUACAAUUUAAUUUUCUAAUAAAUCCUGAAGCUCUGAA